AUGAUUGACCAUGUCCUUGGUCGGCCAUCGGUCCAGUUCCGCAAGAUUCAGGUGCUGGCCGUGGUGUCCUUUUGGUCAGGCGACCGUCACGGGCCCCCCAUCCUUCGCCGCAUCUCCGCCCUCCUCUCCCGCAAACUCACCGUCUGGCAAUCCGUCCUCAUCACGCUGAUCUACCUUUACAUUGCCCGCAAUUUCGGCAAGCUUGUUGGCCUCGAAUGCCCCGAACCACUUGCCAAUCUCUACACUCGUUCUUAUUUCCGCGCCACAUGGGUUACCACCGCGCUAGAUGCGGGCUUCUGGACGGCCAUGAAGAUCAAACGCAAGCGAGCGCGCGACUUGCUCUCCAUCGUCUUCAGCAUCUAUUACCUCAUCUGCGCUGAGCAGGCCGACGAGAAGGUGAGAAAGGUCAGGGCGACGCUCACAGUGGAUCAUCUGCGUGUGGCGUGGAACAAGGGCACGACGCCCUACCUGGGCGCGCUGACGAGCAUGAUGAGGCCGCGGUGGAUGAAGUAUCCGCCGCGCAAGAUUCGGAUUCCCCGGCCAAAGCAGAGCUCGUACACGGAGCCGGUGAUUGGCUGGCUGUACUUUGACGGACCGUUGAGUGCGCUGAAGAAACAGGACAACGUCGUCUUGGACGUUCCCGGUGGUGGUUUCGUGGCCAUGGAUCCGAGGAAUCAUGAUGAUAAGCUCAUGGGCUGGGCGGGCAAGUCCGGUCUACCGAUUCUGAGCCUGGACUAUAAGAAGGCGCCGGAACAUCCGUAUCCGUACGCGUUGAACGAGUGCUAUGAUGUUUACCACGCCAUCAUUGCUUCGAGGGGGCGCUGCAUGGGCCUCUCAGGCGAGCUGGAACCCAAGAUUGUGGUUUCUGGUGACUCUGCUGGUGGCAAUCUCGCGGUAGGCAUGGUUCUCAUGAUCCUUCAGACUGGCUCCACGGAGACGAGGAGAUGGCAGGGCGAAUACGCACUACCACCACCGACCGGUGUUGUGCUCAUCUACCCAGCGCUCGACAUGAACAUUGGAAACUGGAUGUCGGACGAGCAGAUGGCUCUGAUACGCGAUCGAAGGGUGAGGAAGACGAACAAGCCGAUUCUAAGACACAAGAGCGAAGACUACCGCCAUCUCGCUCCAAACACCCCCUUCGGCUCAGACAACUCAGACAGCGACGAAGAAGGCUCGGGUAAGCCACACAUGGUCAACGGGUCAGUGCCGGAAAGCGAGCGUGUCCUCGAAUCUCCGCAGACCAUGAUUAAGCUCUCCGCUGCCCACGCCGCACCACACAGACCCCAAACUCAACCACACCCACCAUGCCUCCCACGCCCUUGCAAACUCAACCCCCAUCUCCGGGCCCCGCAUCCCCGGCCACGGCCAUCAAAACGCGCCUCGCCACUUCCUCGAUGA